UCCUCCUCACUGCUACACGGAGACGCAGACACUCGAGACCCGCUGGGAUUCCUCCGAUAAUCGGCAUCACCCCCUGCGCUCGGAAUGGCGAUGCUGAACGAUCGACUAAAAUAAGGAAAAGUCCUCGCAGAGAUCAAGAUGGUGUCGUGGAUCAUUUCGCGGAUGGUGGUCCUGGCCUUCGGGACCCUCUACCCAGCCUAUUCCUCCUAUAAGGCUGUGAAGACGAAAAACGUCAAGGAGUAUGUGAAAUGGAUGAUGUACUGGAUAGUGUUUGCGUUGUUUACCACAGCAGAGACGAUCACAGAUAUGCUUCUCUCUUGGUUUCCGUUUUAUUUUGAACUGAAGAUCGCCUUUGUUAUCUGGCUGCUGUCCCAGUACACCAAAGGCUCCAGUGUGCUGUACCGCAAGUUUGUGCACCCCACUCUCUCCAAUAAAGAAAAGGAAAUUGAUGAGUACAUAACCCAGGCCAAAGACCGCAGUUAUGAGACCAUGAUGCGGUUUGGGAAGAGAGGACUCAAUAUUGCUGCCACUGCAGCGGUCACAGCAGCCACAAAGGGUCAGGGUGUGUUAUCAGAGAAGCUGCGCAGUUUCAGCAUGCAGGAUCUGACUCUGAUACAGAACGAAGACGAGCUGCAGCUGGACGGCGCAGAUGACACGCACACUGCCGCCACGCUACCUCGGGCUAAAACAGUCACACGCUCAGUUCGUGCCACACCCAUCCCGGCUGACACCGAAUCACAGCACAGCUCUCGCUCUGAUGACCAGUCAGAUAGCAGGACGGAGCAUUCAGAUGAAGACACAGCAGAUAAGGCCCCCAAACGCAUCCCAAGCGUCAGAGCAGCCAAGAAACCAGCCGUUGCCAAGACAGAGCAGACCAACAAGACAGUGAAGAAACCGACAAAGAAGAAAACCGCCGCCACGACCAACAACAAUGCUGAAUCGCCAUGAGUCGCGCAGCGUUUCUCCAUCCCCGGACGACACACAAACAUUCACGUGCUUUCCCAUACUAACAUUAGCGCUCUUCGCUUUUACAGAUACGUUCUUACAACUGCAAAUACACACACAAACUAAGAUGCAUCGCCUGAGGCUGUUUUUAUCUAGUAGGUUUAAUGCGGUGAGGAAGUUAAGACGUCUGGCUUCAUGCAUUCAUUUUUUUGUUGUUAUCACUCACUGGUAUGUUUUAAGUAUAACUGGGUCUUGUCUUUUUCUCCGAAGGCCUUAAUAUGUCCAAAAGCAUGAGAUCGGAAAGCAGUGCCUGCACUCGAUCCUAUAUCGACGCGACCGUUUCUUAUAACCACAGAAUCCAGAGCUUCGUGUUUUCCAUAAUAGAGGCCAAUUUCCCUUUUUUUAGCAUGUAGGACACGCACUAUGGGACGAACAGGAAUCGGGAACAGAAAAACCGGCCUUUUAAAUGAAUAGGCUUGAUUUACAGCAUCCUCGGGGAGUUGUGGAGGAGCCCAGAGCAGUUCUGUUCUCAUUCCGGGUCACCGAACGUCCCGAGAACUUGUUGUGAAUAUUCAUGAUCAAAGAGGUCAGAUGUCUACUGGACGCUGCAGGCUCUCAACCACCCUCGCCGUUAAUAGCGCUUUUGUCAGCUGGGGCUGGAGGCGUUCGGCGCACAUAAGCCGUCCCUUGUGCUAAUUUUACAUCGGUGUAGCGUGAUGUUACGCGUAUCGAAUAUUAUAAGAUCUUUAGACAAGCGGUAGAUGAGAUAGCAGGUGUCAUCUGGUGUUUUGGUAGGGCGCAAGAGGAAAACAGAAUCACAUGUUGGCCAAAAAGGGACGAGAUCUUUCUGUCUGGAGUAGUUGUUUUCUGAAUACUGAAGAUUUUUAGUCUGUUUUGUUGUUGUGGCUUGCUCGGCAAACUCAAAUAUUCCAUAUCGGUUUGCAAUAAAUUGUCGAACAGACUUUGGUUAAGCAUCCGCUGAGAUCAACCCUCGUUGUUAAAUCAUCAAAAGGUGCUUUUGGAAAAUAUGCUGGCUUAAAACCCUCUGGUCCUUUUUUUUAAAACAUCAUUUUUUUAAAAAAAAUUCAAUCCUUUGAGCAAAGUUAGUUUGAAACAGCAUGUAAACCUAAAUCCAGAUGCGGGCAGUUGUGUUUCCCAGCACAGCUGUUCGGAGUUGAAGGAUUUCCGGAAACUUCUUGAGUACCGUUUUGCAUUACGAUAUGCAAUGCCGCUAAGAGCUGGUAGGGGGCGCUGCUGGACAGGAAAAGUGCACAGACUUCCUGUCAUAUUGAGUGAUUACAUAUGGAUGGGGAGCGGUUUUGAGUUCAAAUGUAUUUAAAUCUGCCUGUUAAUUUAGCUGAGAUUUUUCUGAAACAUGUUCGGUUGUAUAAUAGCCUACUAUUGACUGUACAAAAUGUCUGCCUUACUUUAAUAGGCUUUUUAAGUUAAACAUUUAUUUUUUUCGAAGUUUACAUUGAGUUUUUAGUAGGGUAUAGUGUACAUAACAUGUUUUUUGUAGAAAAAAAGUGCUGUUUGUUUUUGUGCAUAUUUGUGGUGUUUUAAUUCACACGUUUUUGUCUUUUCUCUGCCUUUUUUUUUUUUUUUUUUUUUUUUGUAUAAACAGGAGUCAUGGGCUAUUUGGUCUUGGGAAAGAAAAGUGGUCAGUUGCGUGUGAGAAGGACCGAUUUAUCAUUUUACAUUUCAUUUUAACAGUACAAAACACACGUCAGUCUUACAUUUAGUAGUUAUUAGCAGAUAGAUGUUUCUGUAGAAACACACGGUUUAGAAAUGAUACGCCGCGAUGCAGAUCUGUUGUCACAUUGCUGUCUUGAAUAUCACCGUGAUCUUUAAUUCAGCGUUGCUGAUUGGCAACUUGACAUUUUCUGUGUCUCAGUCUCUUGAGUAAUUCAGUUUUUAAAAAGAAUCUUUAUUUGAGAUGGGUUUUUUUUUUUUCUUUUAAUUAAAUGCUAGUGUGGUUGAUGUUCACCAACCCACACAAAAAUGACAAGUCAGUUUCACGUCUCACUCUUUCUUUGUUCCAUAUUGUUUUCCGCAUCUUUUUUCCCCCUUUGUUCAGUAUUUCUUAUUUGCAUAAAUAAAAAUGUUUUUUUUUUUUUCACCAAGAACCACACUGAGUGAGACAUGCUCUCUGAUUUAACAUAUUUUUCUGUAAUGUGUUGGAAAUUGGUAUUGUUGCAUACACAGACUGAGAGAAUAGUCAACAUUUAAUAUAUUGUUUGUGCCAAUUCUCAAUGCUCUUAAUAUAUUAAAAGAAUGAAAAAGAAAGAGAUUGCUGCUAAGUGUGUACUAACUGACCUUGAACUAUUAUUCAAUAAAAUGCAAUUACAUACCUAA